GAGACUUUCACCCGAGAUGCUUACAAUUUUCAUUUAGCACGAUGAAGCCGCUCCUGCUAGUGGUGCUAUGGUGUUUUGUUAUCGUGUCUGGGUUGGCCGCUACUCUAUGCACGUUGGUGAUUCUUAUCACGAUUCUUGAACCUUUUGGUGCUAAACCCUCGGACCGCCUGACGCGAGGAUAUUAUAUAGCUUGUGUCUAUUCCCAGCUCUCUGGUACCCGGGGGGCGACUCCUCUACCAAGAGUCUAUCUCAACGCUCUACUAGCAGCUUACGUAACUCUUCAUUUCUGCACGCCUGCGAAAUACCCAUCAAGAGAAUGUUGUGAUAUCUACGAAUGGUAAUGGCAGGUCCCUACCGAGUACAGCUUUGGAGACCAUGAGAUUCAAAGCUCCGAGUAUUGCAGCCACUGA